AAUGUAUGACAACAUGUCCACAAUGGUGUACGUAAAGGAAGACAGACUGGAGAAGCUUACGCAGGAUGAAAUUAUUUCUAAGACAAAGCAAGUAAUUCAGGGGCUGGAAGCUCUGAAGAAUGAACACAAUUCCAUUUUACAAAGUUUACUUGAGACACUGAAGUGUCUGAAGAAAGAUGAUGAAAGUAAUCUGGUGGAGGAGAAAUCAAACAUGAUCCGAAAGUCACUGGAGAUGUUGGAGCUUGGCCUGAGUGAGGCACAGGUCAUGAUGGCUCUGUCCAACCACCUGAAUGCUGUGGAGUCAGAGAAGCAGAAGCUGCGUGCGCAGGUCCGCCGUCUGUGCCAGGAGAACCAGUGGCUGCGGGACGAACUGGCCAACACACAGCAGAAGCUCCAGAAGAGUGAGCAGUCUGUGGCCCAGCUGGAGGAGGAGAAGAAACAUCUGGAAUUCAUGAAUCAGCUGAAAAAAUACGAUGACGACAUUUCUCCGUCUGAGGACAAAGACACCGAUUCCACCAAAGAACCUCUGGAUGACCUUUUUCCAAACGAUGAUGAUGACCCUGGUCAAGGAAUCCAGCAGCAGCACAGCAGCGCCGCGGCGGCUGCCCAGCAGGGCGGCUACGAGAUCCCAGCUCGACUGCGUACCCUGCACAACCUGGUCAUCCAGUACGCCUCGCAGGGGCGCUACGAGGUGGCCGUGCCCCUCUGCAAGCAGGCCCUGGAGGACCUGGAGAAGACUUCCGGCCACGACCACCCGGACGUGGCCACCAUGCUCAACAUCCUGGCCUUGGUGUACAGAGACCAGAAUAAGUACAAAGAUGCGGCCAAUCUGCUGAAUGAUGCCUUGGCCAUCCGGGAGAAGACUUUGGGCAGAGAUCAUCCCGCGGUGGCAGCAACUCUCAACAACCUCGCGGUGCUUUACGGCAAGAGAGGGAAGUACAAGGAGGCGGAGCCGCUGUGUAAAAGAGCUCUGGAGAUCCGAGAAAAGGUUUUGGGAAAAGACCACCCCGACGUGGCCAAGCAGUUAAAUAACUUGGCCUUGCUGUGCCAGAACCAGGGCAAGUAUGAAGAAGUAGAGUACUACUACCAGAGAGCCCUGGAGAUCUACCAGACGAAACUGGGGCCCGAUGAUCCCAAUGUGGCCAAAACGAAAAAUAACCUGGCCUCCUGCUACCUGAAGCAAGGAAAAUUCAAGCAAGCAGAAACACUGUACAAAGAGAUUCUUACUCGUGCACAUGAAAGGGAGUUUGGUUCUGUAGAUGAUGAAAAUAAACCCAUCUGGAUGCAUGCAGAAGAAAGAGAAGAAUGCAAGGGAAAGCAAAAGGAUGGGCCAUCUUUUGGAGAGUAUGGCGGCUGGUACAAAGCCUGCAAAGUUGACAGUCCGACUGUCACAACCACCUUAAAAAACCUUGGGGCACUUUACAGACGUCAAGGCAAGUUUGAAGCUGCAGAAACACUGGAAGAAGCAGCCAUGAGGUCACGUAAACAGGGUCUUGACAAUGUUCACAAACAGAGAGUGGCUGAAGUGCUGAGCGACCCCGAGAGCUCGGAGAAGCGCCGGAGCCGGGAGAGCCUGACUGUGGACACGGUCAAGUACGAGAGUGGCCCUGACGGAGGGGAGGAAGUGAGUAUGGGCGUAGAGUGGAGUGGGGAUGGCACCGGAUCUUUAAAGCGCAGUGGUUCCUUUAGCAAACUCCGGGCCUCGAUUAGACGCAGCAGCGAGAAGCUGGUUAGGAAGCUGAAGGGAGGAAGUCCCCGAGAGAGUGAGCCAAAGGACCCCGGCAUGAAGCGUGCCAGCUCUCUGAAUGUCCUAAACGUGGGUGGCAAGGCAGCUGAAGACCAUUUCCAAGAACGAAAUAAUUGUCUAGCAGACUCCAGAGCUCUGAGUGCCAGCCACACUGACCUGGCCCACUGCGGGCCAAGGCCGAGCUAGAUAAGCCUGAGGCUCCCAGCCCUGCCAGGCCCCUGUCCACGCUGCCCGGGAGGGAGGCCCCAGCUCGCUUCCUUUUCCAGGUGGUGAUCUCCACCACCCAUGAGGUCUGCCCGGACUCUGUUAUGUGCUCUGCAGUCCUCGUGGCCGAGAGCUGCCGCAGCAUGACUGAGACCUGGCCAGGCACAUCGGCCCAGGGCACAGGCCGGCCCCGCAGCGGUUUUACCUCGGACUUGGCCACUUCUCACGGACACCCGCACUUUCUGAAUGACACCAAAAUCUAGUUUAAAUCCAGUAUCGUUAAUGCAGAACUUAAUAGGCUGUAAGUUAAGAAUCUGGAACCUUAAACUACAUCCUUGGAGAAUAAGCAUCUAAUGAUCUGUGGCAGUAAUGCCUGAAUACAGAGGAGGG